CUACAUGCGACACGCGUCAUCGAGUCAUUGGAAAUUGUCGAAAUGGAAGCAAACGAGAGCUACAACGAUAGCCACCGCGCGCUCCUGCAGGCCUUCAUGGCGCGCUCAACAAUGACCUACGAACAAGCAAAGCCUGUUUUGGCUGCGAUAUUUACUGCUCGAGACAACCAAGAAACCCUCCCCGAAGACAUCACCCAAGCCGACCUCUCAAACUACAUCGCCACGAUAAACACUGCCAUAUCCCCCUUCGAUCUCGAAAUUAGGUCCACCAGGCACCAGACAGACCCCACCCGUAUCUAUGUCCUUGUCAACACCACCAGCGACCCCCUCACCCAGCUGGCCACUACCUACAACGCCAACGAAAUCGCCUUCGUCAAACGUGUCCUGGACGCCAUGUUCGAUACCCACAAUACUCCGCGCCUGGAGGCGAUGGCCGUGUCGUCCAUGCAGGUCGCACAGCUGGCGAAGGCACCCAGUGCUUCCGAAAGACGGGAGUCGGCUCCUGCAAAUAGCACGCCAGCUGCUGGUGCGCCGCAAUCGCUGGGAAUACGCGAGGCGGAUGACGUGAUGAAGAGGCUCGUGGAGGAAGGGUGGCUUGAGGAGAGUCGAAGGGGAUAUUUUACGCUUAGCCCACGCGCGCUGACGGAGUUGCGCGGGUGGCUGGUCGCGACGUAUAAUGAGGACGAGGAGGACUCUGGUACGGAGGGUUCUGGGCGGAUUGCUAAGAUCAAGACUUGUUUGGGCUGUAAGGAUAUUAUCACUGUGGGCCAACGAUGUUCGCAGCGUCAAUGCCCCGGCCGUCUCCACGACAUCUGCACACAGAACUUCUUCCGCCGCCAACAAGCAGAGACAUGUCCUGUUUGUAAAUCGAAAUGGACUGGUGAACACUUUGUGGGCGAACGGGCCAUCGUUGCUGCUAAUCGGCCGUCAACCGCACGGAGGCGGAGUGGACGUCCGGCGGAAGGAGCUGAAAGUUUUGGCGAUCAAGAUGGUGGUGAGGAUGAUGGUGAUGAUGGUGGUGAGAUGGCGGACGUCGCUGGAUGA